GUCGGGACUUCCGGCGUAGCGUAGUCGCGGCCAGAAGGCUGAUGGUAGGAGUUGCGGUGUAGGCAGAUGUCGGCACUGCGGCACGUCGUGUGCGCCCUGUCUGGCGGCGUGGACAGCGCGGUGGCUGCGCUGCUGUUGCGGCGGAGAGGUUACCAGGUAACAGGGGUGUUUAUGAAGAACUGGGACUCACUGGAUGAGCAAGGUGUUUGUGCUGCUGACAAGGACUGUGAAGAUGCUUAUAAAGUUUGUCAGCUUUUAGACAUCCCUUUCCAUCAGGUGUCCUAUGUGAAGGAAUACUGGAACGACGUGUUCAGUGACUUUUUGAAUGAGUAUGAGAAAGGAAGGACUCCCAACCCUGACAUCAUGUGCAAUAAGCACAUCAAGUUCAGUUGCUUUUAUCAUUACGCCGUGGACAAUCUUGGAGCAGAUGCUGUUGCCACUGGCCACUAUGCAAGGACCUCCCUGGAGGAUGAGGAAGUCUUUGAGCAGAAGCACACUAAGAGACCAGAUGGGCUGUUCAGAAAUCGAUUUGAAGUCAGAAAUCCCGUAAAACUUCUCCAAGCAGCUGACAGCUUUAAAGACCAGACCUUCUUUCUCAGCCAGGUUUCCCAGGAUGCCCUGAGAAGAACCAUCUUCCCCCUGGGGGAAUUAACAAAAGAUUUUGUAAAGAAAAUAGCUGCAGAGAAUAGACUCCAUCAUGUGCUUCAGAAGAAAGAGAGCAUGGGCAUCUGCUUCAUUGGUAAAAGAAACUUUGAGCAUUUCAUUCUUCAGUAUUUGCAACCUCGGCCUGGAAAGUUUAUUUCUAUCGAGGAUAAUAAAGUUCUGGGAACACAUAAAGGUUGGUUCCUGUAUACUUUGGGACAGAGAGCUAAGAUCAGUGGCUUGAGAGAGCCCUGGUACGUGGUGGACAAAGAUGGCAUCAAGGGGGACGUGCUUGUGGCUCCCCAGGUAGACCACCCAGCUCUGUAUAGAGACCUGCUGAGGACCAACCGUGUACACUGGAUUGCCGAGGAACCACCUGCUGCCUUGGUCAGAGACAAGAUGAUGGAGUGCCAUUUCCGAUUCCGCCACCAGAUGGCACUAGUGCCCUGUGUGCUGACACUCAACCAGGAUGGCACUGUAUGGGUGACAGCUGUGAAGGCUGUGCGGGGCCUUGCCCUGGGACAGUUUGCUGUCUUUUACAAGAGUGAUGAGUGUCUUGGCAGUGGGAAAAUCCUACGGUUAGGGCCAUCUGCCUACACACUCCAGAAGGGCAAGAAAAGAACCAGAGUGGCUCCCGAGGUCUCCAGUGACAGUCCAGGCCUGCAACCCACACCCUGACAAAGGCCAAGCCAAUGGGAGGAAGCAUUAGAGCAGUCUGGGGAACGUUAGUCAGUGAUGGGCUUGGUGCUGCCAGAGUCAGUGGGCUGGCUGGCUGCAGAGCCAGGGCAGCCUGAGGAAGGAGCGCAUCUGCGCUGGUGCGCCAGUACACCAGAAGCUGGCCGGUGGGUCUGCCUCAAGGGCCCUGAUGGAGCUGCUCUUCCACAGUGCAGUGCACGGAGGCUGCGCAGGAACAGCAUUAAAUAAAACUGUCCAAUAGUCUGACCACUGUGGCUGUGCUCCUUCCACUGAGCCUCCAUGUGGCAUGGCAGGCAUGGGGACAGCAGCAGCCCUGUCCCCGCUCUCUAGGGCCUGAGCUCCCUCCAAAAGGAAGGGAGAGUUUUCUGAAUUAGGCCUCUCCUUGUCUGGUAAUCUGAUGAGUGUGAGAUAACCUACUUGGUGUGUGCACUGCCAAGUAAAGGGAGUCAGUAUUUUCCUGUCAGCUUGGCAUUGGUUUGAAGUGGACACAUAUGUCACGCUAGACGUACCCAAGCACGUGUGAGGAAAAAACACAUUGGGAGAUGACCUUUAGUGGGGAGGUGGCGGCAACACCAGGUGCAGACCCUGGGGCAGGGGACCCAUGGGCCAAAGGGAAGGGUGCCCACUACUUCUCUGCUCCCAAUUUUCCCGACAGGUACCACCAUUGGGCAGAUGUGUGAGACAAUAGAGGGGCCAAAAGUCUGGGGAAUUCACCAUUUUUGACAGGAAUCAAGAUAAGGUCCCGAGAGAUGAGGGCUGGAUACAGCAGUGCCAGGAAGUAAUGCCUGGAGCCUCACCAAGUUGCUAAGUUAGGAUGAGGGUUCAAACCAGGCCAGGCUCAAAAGAAUUCAAGAUGCCACCGGAGUUCUCAAAGCCAAGAGAAAGAUGACAGGUGGAACCCUAAGGUCAUUAGAUGUGUGCAACACCAGAGAGGGUAGAACACCAAUCUGCUAUGCCUAGGAGAUGCAGGUGAGUACAUAGCAGUAGGUAUGGUGAGGGACCAGAUUGUAAAACUGAAAAGCAUAGUGGAAAUGUAAGAAGCUCACCAGAUGAGUCCAGUAGCAGUAUAGGUCACAGUACAGAAUGAGUGAGCAUCAUGACUAUCAUGAGUGUCAGAUCUGCAGAACAAGAGGUUGGGGACCAGUGGGACAUCAGAGCAGCACCAAAGGGUCUAAUGUGUCACUACAGUGUCAGGAAACAACUGAAAGCAUAGUGACGAAGUUCCCAGAUUUGGAGACGCAACAAGAUGGCUCAGUGGUUACGAGUGCUUGCUGGGCAGUCAUGAGGACCAGCGCUAGGACCCGGCACCCACAUAAGCAGUGUGGCCUGCCCCAUCUCUGAAAGGAGACAGGGCUAGUGGGGCUUGCUGGCUUCCAGUUUAGCUGAAAAAAUGAAACAAAACAAAAAAACCCCACAAACGUCAGGUUCAGAAGAGACCCUGCCUCAUGGGUGGCAAGUGACAGCAGACACUUGAUGUCCUUUUCUGGUCUCUGGUUGGGAAGACAACAGCUCAGUGAUUAAGAGUACUGGCAGAGACAUCCAUACACACAGGAUAAAUCUUAAAUUCUCAAAUUUGUUAGAGACAGACUGAAGAAUUAGAAAAUUUGGGCAAGUCCAUCCAUGUCAUGGCAGGCCUGCACAUGAAUAGGAAAUGACAAUGCUCUGUGGGCCUGUCUGCGUCUAAAUGGCACUAGAGGCUGUCUUCAGUAGUUCCUCCCAUGCCACCUUAGGGAGCAGGGUCAGUGGGGACAGGAAACACCCAGCACGCAUGGGUACAAAUCCAAAAAUUUUAAUUUAUUAUAGAUGUGUCUCACCUGUGUUGUCAUCCAGUGCUGAACAGUAAUAAAUACAUCUGUUAAAAAACCUCCAGUGUUGAACCUCUAAUGUCUUAGGUCAUAAAAACAGUUUAAAACUGA